AUGCGUCACACAGCUGUAUCAUGCUGGCAGCCAUUCCUGGGUCUGGCUGUGCUGCUAGUCUUCAUGGGCCCCACCAUAGGCUGCCCAGCCCGCUGUGAAUGCUCAGCACAGAACAAGUCUGUUAGCUGUCACCGAAGGCGUCUGAUGUCUAUCCCAGAGGGCAUCCCCAUUGAGACCAAAAUCUUGGACCUGAGCAAGAACCGGCUCAAGAGCGUCAACCCUGAGGAAUUCACGUCAUACCCUUUGCUGGAGGAGAUCGACCUCAGUGACAAUAUAGUUGCCAAUGUGGAGCCUGGAGCCUUUAACAAUCUCUUCAACUUGCGCUCCCUGAGGCUGAAAGGAAACCGUCUGAAGCUGGUCCCCCUUGGGGUGUUCACUGGGUUGUCAAACUUAACAAAGCUCGAUAUAAGUGAAAACAAGAUUGUCAUUCUGCUGGACUACAUGUUCCAAGAUCUGCAUAACCUAAAGUCCCUGGAGGUUGGGGACAAUGAUUUGGUUUAUAUAUCACACAGGGCCUUCAGUGGACUGCUUAGCCUGGAGCAGCUCACCCUGGAGAGAUGCAACCUCACAGCUGUACCAACAGAAGCUCUUUCUCACCUCCACAACCUCAUCAGUCUCCAUCUGAAACAGCUCAACAUUAAUGCUUUGCCUGCGUAUGCCUUUAAAAGACUGUUUCGCCUGAAAGACCUAGAAAUAGAUGCUUGGCCCCUACUGGACAUGCUGCCUGCCAACAGCCUGUAUGGCCUCAACCUUACUUCUCUCUCCAUCACCAAUACCAACCUGUCUGCAGUACCUUACUCUGCUUUUAAACAUCUGGUUUACCUGACACAUCUAAACCUCUCUUACAACCCUAUCAGCACCAUUGAAGCAGGCAUGCUUUCAGAUUUAGUGCGCCUGCAGGAACUCCACAUGGUGGGGGCCCAGCUACGUACCAUUGAACCACACGCUUUCCAAGGGCUCCGAUUCUUACGUGUGCUUAAUGUGUCCCAAAACCUGCUAGAAACCCUAGAAGAGAAUGUAUUCCAUUCCCCAAAAAGCCUCGAGGUCCUCUGCAUUAACAACAAUCCUCUGGCCUGUGACUGCCGUCUCCUUUGGAUUUUACAGAGGCAACCCACUUUGCAGUUUGGAGGCCAGCCACCCAUGUGUGCUGGCCCAGACAGUGUCAAAGAGAGGUCAUUCAAAGACUUUCACAGCACAGCUCUUUCCUUUUACUUCACCUGUAAGAAGCCCAAGAUACAAGACAAGAAGUUGCAAUAUCUGGUAGUGGAGGAAGGGCAGACGGUGCAGUUGAUGUGCAACGCGGAUGGUGAUCCGCAGCCUACCAUAUCCUGGGUCACCCCACGUCGGAGGCUGAUCACAACUAAAUCAAAUGGAAGAGCCACUGUGCUGGGAGAUGGCACCCUGGAGAUCCGCUUUGCUCAAGACCAGGACACUGGGAUCUAUGUUUGUAUUGCAAGUAACGCAGCUGGGAACGAUACUUAUUCGGCCUCCCUUACAGUAAAGGGGUUUACUUCAGACCGUUUCCUUUACGCCAACAGGACCCCUAUGUAUAUGACAGACUCCAACGACACAAGUUCCAAUGGAACUAAUGCGAACACCUUCUCUCUGGACCUUAAGACAAUAUUGGUGUCCACAGCUAUGGGCUGCUUCACAUUCCUUGGAGUGGUUUUAUUUUGUUUCCUCCUUCUUUUUGUGUGGAGCCGAGGGAAAGGCAAACACAAAACCAGCAUUGACCUUGAGUAUGUCCCUCGCAAAAACAAUGGUGCUGUGGUUGAAGGGGAGGUUGCUGGACCACGAAGGUUCAAUAUGAAAAUGAUUUGAUGGUAUUCUGCUAGCAGUGCUUUUUCUGUGGCAUUAAAACCAAUUAAACCAGCCUGGCAUGUGGAAUUGCUAGGCAGAAGCAGCUUAAUGCAGCUGUCACUGUAUCAAAAGGUUACAUGAAAAUGGAAAAACUAUUUGUGGUUAUACAGCAGAGCCUCCAGAACUUGAGGCAGAUAUGUCAGGGCCUUUCAUAGAACUGGUAAAUUGUACUAACUGUUUGCAUUGCAAAUAUUGGCAUUCUGGGGAUAUCAGCAAUGAACCGCUGGCUCAUGCUCAUGGACAAUUGUUCAACAUUUUCUACCACUUCAAAAAGAAAAAGAAAAAAAAAAAAGCCUACAGUGUAGGAUUUACAUACUUAAAGAAAAAAGACACAUUUGUCUAAAACAUACUCUACAGUGAAAUUUGUAUCUAUAGAUCUCAUUUGGUAAAACUUGCAUCAUCCCUUCUAGUUGGUUCAACACCACAAAAAAUUGGUAGUUUUUUUU